AUGCUUUCUGCAGCUCUGUUUUACCUUGUAGCUGUGAUUUGUUCAGCAACAUGGACACACGCGCUCCCCCUUUACCCUGAGUCCAACCUGGAGCCACAGACAGAUUUAAUUCAGAAACUAGUUUCAGAAGUGGAGGACGGCACCAACGCUGCAGAAGGCGAACAGAGAGAUGUGAAUAAUAUUUAUCCCCUACUGGUGCAUCACAAUGGAGGGAGGGACUCAUGGAAUAAAGGGGUGAAAGAUUCAGCACAACAGGAUAAGUUUGCAAACAUGGUCGAGGAGCUGAAAGAAGUUGUACUGAAAUUGGCGGCCGCUGAGAAGCUUCGGUCACAGGGUUUCCUCAGAUCAGAGCAGAGCCUCCCGAAAACGAACAAAAGAGCAUGUUUCUGGAAAUACUGUGUGACCAACUAGAGCUCAGAGACAGUAAGUACGAUGUGGUUUCAGCACGGCCUGGUUUGAAGCGCUCUCCCUCCUCAUCACCAGUUUUGUUUCCCACCACGUGGUAUAUUCGUC